AUGUCUUGGACGACAACUCUGAUGUUGAUGAUAAUGUUGAUGAUGGUGAUGAUGACGAAUGGAGAGGAGACUGCGACACCAGAUAAUAUAAGGAUGACGACGAAUAAGUUGAAUCGUGAUUGUUCAACAGACUUAUCACAAAAGGUCAGAGCUAUACUGGACAAUGCAUUCUAUCCAAUUGUAUUGGAUCAUUCAUAUCAAUUGCCCGACAACUGUCAGUUCAACCCUAGAUCAGACAUGCUGGCCUAUCUCGAGACACAAAAGAUCAACCUAUACGGCACUUGGAAGUGUCGCAAUUGCACCAAACAAUUCAAGUCUGAAGACUUCCUCGAUCAACAUCUAAAGAAUGUUCAUGCCAACUUGGUGCCAGAGAAUGUUACAGUAUGUCUUGGAGACUUUUGUGAGAUAUUCAACUGUAGAGAGGAUGUUGCCAACAUUGCUUGCGAUACACAAAAGAUGGAGAAGCUCAAAUACUUCUGCCAGGGUAUAAUGUACAACUGUUUCCCACUCAAUCAAGAGAAGAGCAAGAGUCUAAAUGUAAUAUUCAAUGCACAGAUAUGUGAUCAACUGACAUGCGAUGAGGACAGGAAGAAGAAGUCAGUCCAGAAGCUUAAAGACUUGAAUCAAUUCACCAACAAAGUAUACUCUUGGAGUCUGCUCAAAUACAUCGCAGCGUUGGUAACAAUCAUCAUACUUAUACUAUUCUACUUGAUAGUAUGCUUCUACAAGAAGGAGACAACAUUACAGAAGGACUUGAGAAGACUGCCUAGCAAGAGACAUCAAGACCUACUUAAACACUUUGAGAGCAAGAAGAAGAACUUCUAA